AUGAUCGCCCUGCUGCGAAAGGAGGAGCAGAUGGACAUCGCCCACCGGGACCGUUGCCAGGGCGCAGAGAACAAGAACACGAACGACAUGGAGGAUUUGGACACAGCGAUCGAUAAGGCGUCGACCAGCAUCGAGGCAAUGGGGCACACCGAGAAGACUCUGCAGCAGGAGAUCAGCGACCUCGCGAUAGCGAUUAAUGACACCGAGAACGACAUGCGUCAACGGCUUGCGAUGAGGAAUCAGGAGCGAAAGACACACGUGAAGUCUGUGAAGGAUGACCAGAACGCACUCAUCUUAGUGGAAAAAGCCAUCGAUGCGCUCACCGCCUUCUACGAGCGCAACAAGAUCUCCAUGUCCCUCAUUGCCAAGCAGGAGCCCCGGGAGUACACUGUCGACGCCGACAAGGCCCCCGAGACCGUCUGGGACGCGGGCGGCGCCUCGUACACGGGGCGCAAGGGUGAGAACGAGGGCGUGGUGGCCAUCCUGAAGAUGAUCUUGGAGGACAUCCGGCACGAGAUGGCCAGCGCUCGCGCGGAGGACGAGGAGAACCAGAAGGAGUAUUUGAGGGAGAACGCGGCCAUGACCAAGACGAGGGACGCGCAGCUCAACACCAAGAUGGCCUCGGAGAAGGAGCUCACCGAACUGCAGGCGAAGAUCGAGGACACGCAGGUGUACCACGACGGCAAGCAGGCGGACAAGGGCUCCGAGGAGGCGCUGAAGAGCGCCAUCUACGCCGACUGCAGCUGGGUCGCCACCCACUUCGACUCUCGGGCCGAGGCCCGCAAGAAGGAGCUGGACGGGCUCCAGGCGGCGAAGGGCUACCUGGCCGGCGUGGCGGACGGGUCGGAGCUGGCGCCGUGA